AAUAUAACGAGAGUUCAUCAAGUGAGUGAGUAAAUGGGAAAAAAAAGAAGAAUAAAAUGAAAGUUGGUGAAAUUGAGUUAUAGCAGAUUAGCAGUUAGUAGUGGCGCGAAAACAGAACCUUAUCUGAGAAAUCUGAGGGUCUGGUGUUGAAGUGCAGUGUGAAAACAAGGAUGUCAGCAGUUGCAGUGGGUGGCGUUGCUGCAUUAGUUAGCAAGAAAUGGUUUUGUUGCACGAAACGCCUCACUAUCAUCAAAUCCUCUUCUUCUACUGCUAAUGCUCUUCCUUCUGUUGAUUUCAAUACUCUUCAAUCCGCUCUUGAUAAGAAAGACAGUGAUGGUGUGAAGGAUGCUCUUGAUCAGUUAAGCGAAGUUGGUUGGGCCAAAAGGUGGAGCUCUCAGCCGCGUAUCUCUCGUCGCUCAACCUCACUCAGGGAGCUGACAACUCUUGGGAUAAAGAAUGCUGAGAAUCUAGCUAUACCAAGCGUAAGAAAUGAUGCAGCUUUUUUGGCUACGGUGGUUGGCACAACAGGAUUCGUGGCAGUUCUCGCUGGCCAACUUCCAGGGGACUGGGGCUUCUUCGUGCCAUACCUGGUUGGAAGUAUCUCUUUAGUGGUGUUGGCCGUGGGUAGCGUUUCACCUGGACUUCUCCAGGCAGCCAUUGGUGGAUUCUCUGUGGUUUUUCCUGAUUAUCAAGAGCGCAUUUCUAGACAUGAAGCGGCUCAUUUUCUAGUUGCUUAUAUGCUUGGCUUGCCAAUUCUGAGCUAUUCCUUGGAUAUUGGAAAAGAACAUGUAAACCUUGUUAGUGACAAGUUGGAGAAGCUUAUUUACAGUGGGCAGCUUGAUUCCAAGGAACUUGACAGGUUGGCUGUUGUGUCAAUGGCUGGACUGGCUGCUGAGGGGCUAACAUACGACAAGGUUAUAGGUCAAUCUGCAGAUCUUUUCAGUCUACAGAGAUUUAUGAAUAGGAGUACACCGCAAAUCAGCAAAGACCAGCAACAGAACCUCACUAGAUGGGCUGUUUUGUUGGCAGCAUCCCUCUUGAAGAACAAUAAAGCCGCUCAUGAAGCUCUAAUGGCUCAAAUGUCUAACAAGGCAACUGUACUUGAUUGCAUCAAAGCUAUCGAAAUGGCUUCAUAAUUUCAAGAAACAAGACAGUCGUUACAUAGUUUUUCUUUCAUCUUUUUGGUGUAAAGAUUAUAAAUAACUCAGAGCCAUUUAUUUAUUAAGUAAACAAUGUCAAGUACAUAAAAACUAAGAUUGUAAUACUAUAAUGUUAAAGAGAAUCCAAGAACAUCUUUGGUAGCUGGAA